UUGACCUUAAACAGCUAAACAGCAUUUCCGAGCGCACCUUACGUUUUCGUUUCUCAAGGUCUUAUUUCACGUUGGUGCAUAUACGGGUAUGAAUUAUGCCAUGGAACCCCCAGCUAUGAGCACCUACUUGUCGGAUAGUGAAACAGUUGGGGAGUCCACUAACCUUCUACAUAUAGAAGGUCAUGAUUGGAGUCAACUUCAAGAUGGGACCAUUGAAAUAACUGAUCGAUUACCCAAGAAGGAAUAUUAUAUGAGCCUUCGAAGAUUUAACAGCACAGGCCCAGCCUCUGGUACCGGACAUCGAUUGGGUAGCAUUUCUAGUGGUUCAGCUGCUGGGCUAGCGAAUGGAUCUUCUGGUUUGCUUGGUGCUAGUUCAACGUCACCUCGUCCGGGUGGUGGCACUUUGCGUGGGUCUUCACAUCCUUCAGUUAUUGACUUUAAACCUUCUGGUAAAAUGGUGGACUGUACAGUUGUGAUGUUGGAUGGAACAACGAGAGAGUUCCGCUUAGAUAAAGCUGCUUAUGGACAACAAUUAUUCGAUGCUGUUUGUACGCACCUUGGCCUACUGGAGGUUGAGUUCUUUGGUAUUACAUACUAUGAUUCAACUAAUAAUUGGUUUUGGCUUCAACUUGACCAAAGGAUUGCUAAACAGAUCGGUAAGAAUGAAUGGCAAUUUGAAUUCCAAGUGAAAUUCUAUCCAUGCGACAUUGACUCUAUCAAGGAGGAUUUAACGCGUUACUACCUUUGCCUACAGGUUCGACAAGAUAUAGUCAGUGGACAGCUUCCAUGCUCAUUUGUCACCUAUUGCAUACUUGGAUCCUACAUAGUUCAAUCGGAGGCUGGUGAUCAUGAUCCUACACAGCAUAUUGGCAUAAAGUAUAUUCAAGAUCAUCCAUUCGCACCGCAUAUGCUACAAACACCUGAAAUGCUUGCAAGGAUUGUUGAACUGCAUAAACUUCAUCGUGGUAAAACACCCGAAGAAGCUGAUCGUAUAUUUUUGAAUAAUGCACGUAAAUUAGCCUUGUACGGUGUUGAUUUGCAUAAAGUAAAAACUUCUCAAGGUCAAGAUGUGACUCUCGGCGUCUACUACGGAGGCAUCCUAUUAUAUCGUAAUCGUAUACGCUUAAUGCGAAUUAGCUGGCCACGAAUCAUAAGUCUAUCACACCGAGGACGUAACUUCAUAAUAUCACGUCGUCCGGGAGAUGACUCACUAGAGCGUAAUAUGACCUUCAAAUGUAUCAGUCCAACACUGGCUAAACGAUUGUACAAUGUCUGCGUGGAUCAUCACAAUUUCUUCAGGCUUCGUGGUUCUUCCAGGCCGAAAAAACCGAGUUUAUUCCCUUCGUUUGCCACUCGGAAAUAUCAUUAUCCCGGAACAACUCUACGCCCACCAUCAUUGGAAGGUGGACACAAUCAAGCCUCUCGACCACUGUCUAAAUUUCGUCCAAUGCCUUCACAUCCUUCAGAGACUGGUUGGUUUACUUUCGCCAAUCGUGCUGAAGUGGAUCAUAUGAACGGUGGUGCAGUAGCUAGUCAAUAUCAAUAUCAACCAGCAAUGAUGGGUGGAGAGCCAGUCUGUAUGGAUCCAGGUUAUUUCGGUGGUCAGACUCAGCAACAGCAAAUGAUGAAUGGUCAACCAAUUCCAACUGCACAUGGUGCUCAACGCUACUAUCAACCGAAUAACGGUGGCAUGAUGAAUGGUCAUAAUAAUAUGAUGAUGACUGCAAUUACUACAAGACCAACAUUUGAACCAGAGCAUUGGCGUAUCGCUGGAGCUGAUUGUACAGCUGGUUUAGGCAUAGAUGCUCGUGGAUUAGAUGUUGCAUCUACACGAGGUGCAGGUUGGCAAGGUUGUAGAGCAAAUAAAGGCGUAAAAGCUCCAGGUGCAUACUACUAUGAAGCUGCGUGCUUAGAAGAAGGACUUAUACGCGUCGGCUGGUCAACUAAUGAUGCCAAUUUAGAACUUGGUACUGAUAAUUACGGUUUCGGCUUUGGCUCAGACGCUAUAGGUCCUGCUGGAAUGAAUGGCACAGGUCGUGUAAUGCAUCGUAAUACUGGACACGAUUACGGAAUUAUGGUUCAUCAAGGCGAUGUUAUCGGUUGUCUACUUGAUUUAGACAAAGGAUGCGUUUCUUGGUCGUGUAAUGGUAAAGUUUUCCAACGUGCAUUCACAAUACCUGAUCAGUUACGCGGGGAAGCAUUUUUACCAGCUGCCAGUCUAAAAGAUUCACGUAUCCUGUUCAAUUUCGGUGAAGAGCAACCGCUAGAAUUUCCACCAGGUGGUGUAUAUGUUCCUGUAGCUCAGUCGUCAGACGAUAGUCAAGUACCUAAUAGAAAUCCUGGAUGGCGUAUGAAUCAGUAUGAUGCAACUAAUGCUUUGGAUGUAGCGCCGGAUGGAAGUCAAGUCCAGUCACACUAUAAUCAAGGUUGGCAAGGAUGUCGAUCUAAUCAUGGUAUUCGUGGACUUGGCCGAUUCUACUUUGAAGUUACGCCGAUUGAAUCCACUGGGCUUUGGCGUUUUGGUUGGUCAACAGACGAAGGCAAUCUAAUUAUUGGCACAGAUAAUAAUGGUUUCGGUUAUGGUGCUGAUAACGAGGGUUUCGGUUUGAAUGGACAACAAGGCAAACGGAUACAUGGCGAUGAAAUUGAAAACUAUGGUGAAGCAUUCACCAAAGACGAUGUGAUCGGUUGCUUUUUGGAUACAAUUGAGCAUACAAUUAAAUGGUCGAAAAAUGGCUUGGAAUUCGGUGAUGCAUACAGAAUUCCACCGGAAUUAGUACAUCCUAAGAAUUUAAUGGCAUUUUAUCCAACUGUUUCCCUGUUGAAUUCCACUGUGGAGUUGAAUUUCGGCGACAAACCGUUCAAAUAUUAUCCUGGGCCUGAUUGGACGCCAGUAUGUUGUGCACCACCAGAAUGUACUAAGCGUUCCAGGAGAAAGGGUCCAGAACGCAAAGUGAAGGGUUGGUCGUAUAUUGAUCCUGCGAUGCUUGAACCGUCAAUAAGACAGACAAUAGAGUCUGGAGAUACAGUGUCGUCGACUGUGACUGCUGCUGGUACUGCUUCUGCUCGUACAAUUGACAGACGAGAAGAGGAUGUUCUCCACUCAAGCCCUAAUUCACUACCGGUGACCAUAGAUGCUAACGGUAAUGGAGUUACAGUUCCACCACCGUUGUCAAGUCAAAAACAAUCUUUAUCUCAGAAAUUGACAUCUUCAUCACAGCAGCAUCAUCAUCACCCACCUCCUCCAGGCGCUGUUCCUAUGCCGGGUAUGGUUGCUUUUCCGAACUCUCCUCAAAAUUCCAGCAGCAUAUUUACAUCACCUAUCCGUGGUACUAGUAGUGUACCUUUGAAUUCUGGGAGUGUUACUACAGCCUCUCCUAUAAAUAAUAAUUCACUUGGUUUCCCGAUGUCAUCAACUCCAGAAUCACCCAAGCAUCAUCAUAGUCUCUCCUCAUCUCAAACACAUGCACGCCGUGUGCUGAAUGGUGAAGUUGUUUCCGUAGAAAGAAGUGAACCACACAUCGAAACUGAAACUUACUAUGAUGAAAAUGGCAAAUUGAUUAAGCGUACAGUGAAACGAUCCGAAGUGACUACAACAAAAACUGUCAGUGAACGUAUCAUUACAAGCACCGGACAAAGUCUUCACACUAAUGGCGGCGAUUCGUUACCUGAUGAUGAUUUCGACCAACGCCAAGAAGAAUAAGAAGAAGAACUAAAUCAUCUUUGAUCUGAGUAUGGCUCUGUUAGCUGUAACCAAAUUGGAUCCGGAUAUCUCGGUACUGAAUGACACUGUAGGACAAGUGGAAAUUAGAUCAAAAUCAGAAAGUGUUGUCUAGUUGCCUAUAACUAUCAUUAUUACUAUUAUUACUACCACUACUACUACUAUUGUCUUUUUCUCUUCUUUUGCUGCUUCUCUCUGUUAUUAUCAAUCAAUAAAAUGUGAAAACAAAUUUACGGUUUAUCUGCCUAUAAAAACAAACAAUUCUAGUUUGUCUUUUUUCUCUCUUUUGUUUGCUCCGAUUUUAAAAUAUGAGAGAGGGGGUGGGGUUGGGAAUGAAAGAG